GAGGGGCGACAAGAGCAGGGAAACCCAGCCAAGGCGCCUUGGAGAACUGUUCGAUUAGCCGGCUGGGCUGUGCGAACGCACGCGAGUAGAACCGGGAUCCAGACAAAUCAAUUCCAUGGUACCCCUCGGCCAGCCCAGAGACAGCUGGAGCAAGAGGGCUCUUUGAAGUCGAGGGCUUGCCAAAGGAAUUUUCCACACAUCACUACCAGUGGUCAUCUCAGAGGGUUAGGCUAGGAUUUGUGGAUCCACUUCACCUCAGACCAUGGCAAGCCGGGGCCUGCCCCUUUACUUGGCCACCCUCUUGACUGGGCUGCUGGAAUGCAUUGGUUUUGCUGGUGUCCUCUUUGGCUGGACUUCGCUGUUGUUUGUGUUCAAAAAAGAAGGCUACUUUGCAGAGCCCUGGGAACAGAACUGCUCUCAUAGUAGUAAUGCAACAGGACCCCCUGACUCCAAAGCUCAGGAUGAGAAGUUUUCACUCAUCUUCACCCUGGCAUCCUUCAUGAACAACUUCAUGACCUUCCCUACUGGCUAUAUCUUUGACCGCUUCAAGACUACUGUGGCCCGCCUUAUAGCCAUAUUUUUAUACACAUGCGCCACACUCAUCGUUGCCUUCACCUCUGCAGACUCUGCCCUGCUGCUCUUCCUGGCCAUGCCCAUGCUUGCGGUUGGAGGAAUCCUGUUUCUCAUCACCAACCUACAGAUUGGGAAUCUCUUUGGCAAACACCGCUCAACCAUCAUCACCCUCUACAAUGGAGCAUUUGACUCCUCCUCAGUUGUCUUCCUCAUCAUUAAGCUCCUUCAUGAACGGGACAUCAGCCUCAGGGCCUCCUUCCUUUUCCUGUCUGUCUGCAGUGUCUGGCAUGUUGGGCGCACUUUUUUCCUGAUGCCUCGGGGACACAUCCCUUACCCACUGCCACCCAACUACAGUUAUGGCCUUGCCUUUGUCUUCCAACUGAGAACACGAGGCUCUGAGGGCUUGUGCUCCAGGUUUGGCACCAGAAAGGAAGAGAAGAAGACAGCUGAGCACGAAACCAAGGAGCUGCAGUCAAAGGAAUUUCUUUCACCAAAGGAAGAGAACUCUGGACCAGGGCAGCCGCAGGAGACGCAGCAGGAGCCGCAGGAGCAGCAGCAGCAGCAGCAGGAGCAAUGCUCAUUUCGCAGCUGUGUGCUCUCUCGUCGAUUCGUCCUGCAUGUGGUGUGGUUGUCCACCAUCCAGUUGUGGCACUACCUCUUCAUCGGCACUCUCAACUCUCUGUUAACCAGCUUGGCUGGCAACGACAGUGUACAAGUCAGCGCCUUCACAAAUGCCUUCGCCAUCACCCAGUUUUUUGGGGUGCUGUGUGCGCCCUGGAAUGGCUUGCUCAUGGACCGCCUUAAACAGAAGUAUCAGAAGGAAGCCAAAAAGACAGGUUCCUCCUCCUCGACUGCAGCUCUCUGCUCCACGGUGCCUUCGCUGGCCUUGACGUCUCUGCUGUGCCUGGGUUUUAUCCUGUGCGCCUCCAUCCCUGUCAUCCAGCUGCAGUAUGCUACCUUCAUCCUGCAAGUGGUCAGCCGCUCCUUCCUCUACGGCUGCAACGCCGCCUUCCUCACGCUGGCAUUUCCUUCAGAGCAUUUUGGAAAGCUAUUUGGGCUGGUGAUGGCUUUGUCAGCUGUUGUGUCUUUGUUGCAGUUUCCUCUGUUCAAGCUCUCCCCCCAGAACAUCGCCGUUUAUGUGUCAAUGGGGCUUGCCAUUCUUCUGACCUUGGCCCAUCCCUUCCUGGUGUACCGAGAGUGCCGCCCUGAGAAAACAAAACCGUCUGUGACUCCCUAGCCCAGAAGCCCUCACCAUCUAAGAGCCUUGAUGGUGCUUUUCCAGAUCCUUCGUCACCUUUGAAGAUGCAGUGUCCACAAAGACUUUGCCUACCCAGGAGAACUGUACUAAGCAGCCAUAGGUUUUUCUGUUUUGUUUGUUUUUUGUUUGUUUGUUUUUCAAGACAGAGUUUCUGUGCAUAACAGUUUUGGUUAUCCUGGAACUCACUUUGUUAAUCAGGCUGGCCUUGAACCUGAACUCCCUGAGACCUGCCUGCCUCUCCCUCCUGAGUGCUGGGAUUAAAGUCUUGUGCCACCAAUGGCAGCAUUUUUUUUUUAAACAAACAAACCAGGCAUUUAAGUGCCAUCUAGGACUUCUGAUGACCAAGAGGAAAAUUUCAGGGACCAAGCGACUUGCAUCCAUGUAAAUUCUCCCUGGUUUGGGAGCAGGAAGUUACUCCUUGCCCUGGGCCUCAGCAGUGGAGGGGGAGAUAUGUUGCCGAGGCCCAUACAUGCAGAAUAUCUGCUACUAGCUGGAUUUCCAGGACAACUGUGAGGUCAUUAUGGCUUCGGUUGUCCCACCUGACAUUUAGUUGCAGCACCGAGAGCCACUCUGGCUGCCUCAGAGGCACACUUUUGUUAGAGAAUACUCCAUGAGCUUUUGGGGAAAGAGGAGCACACAGAGGUCACUGGGCCCAAGUCCCCCACCCCCUUCUGCUGGUGGAUGACCUGGGGCUGACCCCUCCAGGCCAGAGCAUCUCCUUUUUCCCCAUGAGUAAAUGCUAGAGCUUGGACUCAAAGAUUGUUUUUGGAAUUGAUAUCAUAUUACCCCAAAGCAUUUGGGAACCAGCUAGCCAAAAUGAUUUUGGGCACUCCCCUUUACCCAUUGUGUGUGUGUGUGUGUGUGUGUGUGUGUGUGUGUGUGUGUGGUGUGUGAGCAAUGUCUUCUCUUCAGGAAGAGGGAUGUUUAUUGACCUAAGGCAUCAUAUAUAUUAUAUAUAAUUAUCUUGGGGCUGGAGAGAUGGCUUAGCUCUCAAGAGCACUGGCUGCUUUUCCAGAGGUCCUAGGUUUGCUUUCUAGAACUCACGGUGACUCACAAACUGUAACUCCAGUCCCUCCAUGGGCAUUGCAUGCUUGUGCACAGACAUAUAUGCAUACAAAACACCCAUACACAUUAAAUAAAUACAUUUUCUAGAGGAUAGUUUUAUACAACAAUAAAGUCUCUAUAUUUAAGGCAA